GUAUCCCACUUUUUUUACUACCCAAGGCUUCGAUACAUUUAGAAAUCGAGAAAUAUCUACCGGAGCUACUGCUAUCAGAGAACAAUUAGCCGAUCUGGAUUUGCGAAUUAUUAUAGAUCGUUCAUUGGUGGAAUGGAAGGAAUUGGGAGAAGAAGGAUCAACCGGGAAUGACUGGGAAGAUAGAAAAAUUGGGAGGAGAAAAGAUUUUUUGGUUAGACGCAUGGAAUUGGCUAAGCAUUUUCUUCGAACAAAUGUAGAACCAGAAUGGAUGGUUUUGUCCCUAUUACCAGUUCUUCCUCCCGAGUUGAGGCCAAUCAUUCAGAUUGAUGGGGGUAAAUCAAUGAGUUCAGAUAUUAAUGAACUUUAUAGAAGAGUUAUCUAUCGGAACAAUACUCUUACCGAUCUAUUAACAACAAGUAGAUCUACGCCGGGGGAAUUAGUAAUGUGUCAGGAAAAAUUGGUACAAGAAGCUGUAGAUACACUUCUUGAUAAUGGGAUCCGCGGACAACCAAUGAGGGACGGUCACAAUAAAGUUUACAAGUCGUUUUCAGAUGUAAUUGAAGGCAAAGAGGGAAGAUUUCGCGAGACUCUACUUGGUAAACGGGUCGAUUAUUCGGGUCGUUCCGUCAUUGUGGUAGGCCCUUCGCUUUCACUGCAUCAAUGUGGAUUACCUCGAGAAAUAGCAAUAGAGCUUUUUCAGACAUUUGUAAUUCGUGGUCUAAUCAGACAACAUCUUGCUUCCAACAUAGGACUUGCUAAAAGUAAAAUUCGGGAAAAAGAACCCAUUGUAUGGGAAAUACUUCAAGAAGUUAUGCAGGGGCAUCCUGUAUUGCUAAAUAGAGCACCCACUUUGCAUAGAUUAGGCAUACAGGCGUUCCAACCUAUUUUAGUGGAGGGACGAGCUAUUUGUUUACAUCCAUUGGUUUGUAAGGGAUUCAAUGCGGACUUCGAUGGAGAUCAAAUGGCUGUUCAUGUACCUUUAUCUUUGGAAGCUCAAGCAGAAGCUCGUUUACUUAUGUUUUCUCAUACGAAUCUCUUGUCUCCAGCCAUUGGGGAUCCCAUUUCCGUACCCACUCAAGAUAUGCUUAUGGGGCUCUAUGUAUUAACGAUGGGGAAUCGUAGAGGUAUUUGUGCAAAUAGGUAUAAUCCAUGUAACCCCAGAAACUACCAAAAUGAAAGAAUUGAUCAUAGUAAUUAUGAGUAUAGGAAAGGGAAAGAACCCUAUUUUUGUAGUUCCUACGAUGCACUUGGGGCUUAUCGGCAGAAAGGGAUCGAUUUAUAUAGUACUUUAUGGCUACGGUGGCGACUAGAUCAACGUGUCAUUGCCUCAAUAAAUAGAGAAGUUCCCAUCGAAGUUCAAUAUGAAUCUUUGGGCACUUAUCAUGAGAUUUAUGAUCACUAUCGAGUAGUAAGAAGUGUAAAAAAAGGAAUGCUUUGUAUAUACAUUCGAACUACUGUUGGCCAUAUUUCCUUUUAUCGAGAAAUAGAAGAAGCCGUACAGGGGUUUUGUCGGUCCUAUUCAUAUGGUACCUGAUAUGUGAUAUCUCUCGGAAUCUAGUUCGGUCUGGUUCAACUAGUAUCAUAAUUCCUGAAUUUGUAAGUGAAUCAAGAUCGAGGAAAGGAAGUCUUAGUAUCACUGACUCAAACCCA